CGAGAUGAUGCAAGAAGCAUAAAAAUUAGCUUCCUACCGAAUCAUGGUACAAUCAAACACGACUGUUGUUUAGGGUCGUUCGGUUCAUCGAAGGAAAACAAAUCCAAAUCGACUCUGUAGCUCCGCGCAUUCAUACUACCUUCCGCCGUAAUUCUAUUAAAAAAAGUAAGUCAUUCCGUUUCGUGAUCUCGAAGUGUUCCAAUUUGAAUUGCAACCCAUCCAAGUCUUGUUUCUUUUUCCUCGCCAUGGUUUUCUUUUCUCUGCCUCCAGAACAUAUCCGGUACGACGAUGCGAUGUUACAGUCUUCUUUUUCUGUUCUCCCUUCUUGGUCCAGCGGCAGCGACCGACCCCGAGGUAGGCUCCGUGAUUGUUCCUGAAUCUACCGGCAGAAAGGGUCAUCGCAAACGUGGCCUCAAAAGCUCGAAGAACGCUGGCCCCGGAGACCAGUGCGCGGUGACCGUAGCCGAAAGGGACGAAGCCAUGGCAGAACUCGAGGCCAUCAUGACUAUGGAUUCGAUGAUGAGUGAAGAUGACCAAGUUACGGUCAGCAACGAUUGGCUUAUUGGCAUUGCUGUUGCGUCUGUUUCGUGCCCUUUGACUGCAGCCUGCAUCGUGUCUACCUGCACUUGCUGUUUCUGUUUGAACCUUCCGCUCUGCUGGCCUUCUGUGCAGUCUCAUUGUUAUGAAACGAUGAAACAAUUGAUCCGCGACUGUGGUUGGGGGUAAGUUUUUUUUGACGAUGCCCUUACGGCACAAGUUUGCGAUCGAUUCUCGUUUUCCGUAUCGAUCCCCAAUACCUUUUUUUCCGGAAAUCGUUCCACCCUCUUGUGGACCGAUGCUCUGGGAGCAAGCAGGUACCAAAGAUCGUUUCUACGCUAUAUGCACGACAAAUUUUAUUCUGGGAUAACACUCUGCUUUCUUAACUUAUAGUACGAGGCAAUCAAUCAUACCGUAAAAC